AGUUGUGUUCUUGGCCUCUCCAAGUGCCCUUUCAUUCAGGGAAAAGUGUUGUUAGCUCAGCCCCGGGACACUGGUUUUUCAUUUAGCCACGAUAUCAAUAGUCAUUUGGCCAGCCUCUCCAUUGCUGGAAACACGAUCCCUAUUCCCGACCCUGCUGUUGAGGCUUUCUGUGCCCCGGAUAACUUGAAAGCCAGUGUUGAAAAUCAGGGCCAGCUUAAGAUGUACAUCAACGAAGUGUGUCGGGAGACUGUGUCACUUUGCUGCAACUCAUUUCUGCAGCAGGCCGGAUUAAAUUUGUUAAUAAUCAUGACAGUUAUUAAUAACAUGCUUGCCAAGUCCGUUUCAGACUUGAAGUUUCCUUUGAUACCAGAGGGAAGUGAAUGUGCUGAGGGGCACGUUGUGAAACCCUUGAUGGGUUUGUCUGAAAAGCCAGUCUUGGCGGGGGAGUUGCUGGGAGCCCAAAUGUUGCUCUCCUUCCUGUCCCUCUUUAUCAGGAACGCAAACAGACAGCUUCUCCCAGCAAUCCCGGCCUCUUAA